AUGUCGACCUUCGAUCCUACCAAUGUCAAUUUGAACACGGCCAGGACGGAAGAUGUGCUGUGUUAUUUGGAAGUCUCCUCGAAUGACUACAAUGGAAAUCUCGGUGCUCGUAUCUCCUCUAUCUUUGUGAUUCUCCUCGUCUCCUCGGCCUUUACCGUCUUCCCAGUCGUCUCCAAACGCAUGACGAGAUGGAAAAUCCCCUUCGGCGUGUACAUCUUCGCUCGCUACUUCGGCACCGGUGUCAUUGUGGCCACUGCAUUCAUCCAUCUACUUGACCCGGCCUAUAAGCGAAUUGGUCCGAAGACCUGUGUCGGGGAAUCGGGAUACUGGGCUGAGUAUUCUUGGUGUGCAGCGAUUGUACUAGCCUCUAUCGUGGUCAUCUUCUUGCUCGACUUGGCCGCCGAAAUCUACGUGGAACGCAAGUACGGGGUGCACAAGAAUGAAGAAGCCACCAACGCCUUUAUCCAGCACGAACAUCAUCCCGAGGUGCAAUCUGCCCCAGAAUCCGAGAAAGCAAUGCACAUCUCCAAUGAAAAGCGCACAGACACGUUCUUCUCCGAAGAUGGAGACAUCGCCGAACGGUCCUUCAGACAACAGAUCGCCGCUUUCCUUCUACUCGAAUUCGGUAUCAUCUUCCACUCAGUCAUCAUCGGCCUCAACCUAGGCGUCACCGGCUCCGAGUUCUCAACCCUGUACCCGGUCCUAGUCUUCCACCAGUCCUUCGAGGGUCUCGGUAUCGGAGCUAGAAUGUCCGCUAUUCCAUUCGGUGAACAUACCUGGCUUCCUUGGUUUUUGUGUGCUGCUUACGGCCUGACAACUCCGAUCUCUAUUGCCAUUGGCCUGGGUGUGCGGACGACAUAUGAACCUGGUUCCAAGGUGUCCUUGAUUAUUCAGGGUGUCUUGAACGCUGUGUCCGCGGGCAUCCUGAUCUAUAGUGGUCUGGUGGAGUUACUCGCUCGCGACUUUUUGUUUGAUCCCUGCCGCACCAAGCGUCGUUCGAGACUGUUGUUUAUGGUGACUUGCACUUUGUUGGGAGCCGGCAUCAUGGCUUUGAUUGGAAAGUGGGCUUGA